AUGCAGAAGACAACAUACUACGACAACUCCUCGACGCUUUUCGGUGGCUACUCCUCCUACCAGGUGCAGGGGGCUGCGGCGGCGGCGGCAGCAGCGGCCGCCAAUGGCUUUGGGGGCUACGAUGCCCCGGUCCCAGUGUCUCACCACCAGCCGGCCUUCCAGUCGGCGUCCCAUCUGGACGUGGAUUCGUACCAGCGCUCAGCCUGCUCCUUACAGGCUCUGGGCAGUAACAGCAGCCACCAGCAGCAGCAGCAGCAGCAGCUCGCCAAGAACAAGGAGCUGAAUGGCAGCUGCAUGCGGCCCAGCCUGCCGCCUGAGCACCACUCCGCCUCCCAGGUGUCCCCCCCACUGCCCCCCAACCCCAGCAACGGUAAUACCGGGGCUCAGCAGCCGGGGGGCAGUGCUGGGGCUUCCUCAGUGUCCAAAUCAGGCCCUAAUAAGUCCUCCAAUUCCUCCUCGUCCAUAUCGUCCUCCAACUCCUCCUCCUCCUCCUCACUGCCCCCAAACCCCACCCUGGCCAAGCAGAUCUUCCCCUGGAUGAAGGAGAGUCGGCAGGCCACCAAGCAGAAAAACUGUUCCCCCAGCAACAACUCCGGCAACGGUGUGUGUUCGACCAAACCUCUACGUCUGUCUGUCUGUCUGUCUGUCUGAGCUCUGACCCCCCCACUCCUUAUUAUUCCUCCUCCUCUUCUCUCUCCUGUCAUCCUCUCCUCCUUCUCUCCCUCUCUCUCUCCCUCGUUAGUGUCUUCCUUCUCCCUCUCUUCACCACCUCUCUCUUUCUUCACCUCUCUUAUCAACAUCCUCUCCAGCCUCAGAUCCCAGAGGAUUGAAAAGGUUUCUCAGACUAUUUAUGGAAAAAAACACGUUUCCACAGGCGCUGCUUCACACGGGGAAAUGACCGAGUCAGGUUCCUGAAUAUUUAUCUGUAGCUGCUGAGUUAGUCAGUCCUGGUCUGAGUUAAACUCUAAGGCUGGUUUAAGUGAUCUGAUGUGGUCUCUGAGCCAGUAUGAAGUCUAAAAUCAGAGCAGACGCUGCUGUUUGUGACUGAGGAUUAAAUUAUCGUCGUAAACACGGAGAGGCACGGCAGUCUGAUUAACAUUUCUAAAGGAGCAGAAAGACCAGAGUCUGAAUCAUGAUGUGGUCUGGACCCUGACCAAACUUCAAACAUAAGACCAGGAUCUUAUUGACAUUCAGAGUUUAUGCAGGACUAAGAUUUCAGAGGACACACCUGCAGGAUCAGUAAGACCUGAGAUCCCUCUGCAGGUCUGGUAUUUUUGGUCCGAGUUUGAAAAGCUGUAAGAGUCACUGACUGUGUUUACAUCUUAGUGUUGAUUAGACUAAUCAGAGCUGACGACGUUCUCUUUAUCGUCAGUCCUCUGUGUGAAUCUGAUGGUUCAGAAAAGUUCAGUUAAGCGUUUGCACACGGAUGCUACAGCCUCUGAUCAAACUCCACCCUCUACCGCCACUUCUCUAAUUCAGGCACAAACAGAAGAAGAAGAGUAGGAUGAGAUUUUGGGGUCCAGAAACACCGGACCUGGUUCAUAAGACCAGCUGUAUCCCAGACAGAACGUUACCUACAGGAGCUUUAAUGACUUCUUUUGAGAGAUGUUUUAUUGCUGCUGUUGUUGCUCUGCUUCAGCUCUAGAUUCAUAUUAUCCUGCUCUCACCUCAUCAUAAUUCUGUUUAUUAGUUUAUACUCUUAUUCUGUGUUAAAUCAGUGGUGAGCCUCACAGCUACAAACAGCAAAUGUAAACACUGAUGUCGUCAAAGAUGGCGGGGCAGGAGAGAAAACGUCUACAGGAGGAUUUUGUUCAUGUGGAUUUAUCGCCUGAGUUGAAGUUGGAGUUUGUGUCUCUGAACAUUCACAGAGUUUAUGAUCAAAAUACAUGUUUUUAAGGAAACUUCAGAGCUGGAUUUGGUUUGUUUAGUUAAGAGAGAGCUUCACAAAAACCAGCUUCACCGUCAUGAAACAGCGACUGGUGGUUUUAGGGAAAGUUCUCUGCAGAAACAGGUGGGUGCAGUGACUCCUCAGAGGAGUUUUGAGCUCGUGCAUCACAUCUUAAAACAGUCAGUGCACAGAGGAAACAGUCUGUUCAGUUUUAGUAAAAAUCUCAGAGUUUAAAAACUUUUAGUAAUCUGAUAAUUUUCCUUCCUGUCUGAUCGGUGAGCGCUAAUAGAUCCAGGAAGAUUACAGACAGUUAUUUAACCAACCUGAGUCUGUGCACCUCCUUCACUCAUUACUCUCUCCUCUUAAACCUCCUCCUCCUCCUCCUCCUCCUCCUCCUCGUCCCGGUUAUUUGCUCCCCUUCCUCUCCACCUCCUCUCCUCCUCUCCUGGUGGCAUCUCCUCGGAAAGCCGCUGCAAGAAGGCAGAUAUGAACAAUUUGAACCGGGUGUACGAUAACAGAUGAACAGAAUGACACGCAGACGUUUGAAAUGGAAGAUAUUAGCGGAUGAAAUUCGGAGGAAUAGAGCGGGAUGAUAAAUAUGAAAAUCAUCUGCUGGCGUGAUAACAGACGGGCUGAUCUGUUAUUUGAAUUGGUAGUUAUCGAUAUUUGAGUGUCAUAAUGAAUAUGAGCCUGUUAUUGUUGUUGCUGUCAGGUGACUGCGCCGCAGAGAGUGGAGCAGAGAUUAGAGGUUUUAUUGAUGAGAAUUUGAAACAAUCAUCAUUGGAAGAAGAAUUUCAGACGACGCUGCGCUCUCUCUCAUCGUUCUGGAAAUAAAUACAAGAGUCAGCUGUUCGAACCUCCGAGGAGCAGAUGAGAUUAUGGAGAGAUAGGAUCUCAGCGCUUCAGACGCUUUAUCAGCUUUAUGAGUAUUUAAGAAAAUGUGGAAGUGACUUAAAUCUGCGGGCUCUCUGUGACCAGCAGGGGGCGACUUCACUAAUCAUAAAGGAGGCGGAUUAUAAAGAUGCCAAUAGGAAAUUAAGCGUCCUUUUCACUGGUUUAUUUACUCUGUGAAUGAGUUUAAGAUCUCCGUCUUCAGCUUAAGGUCUUCUGCAGUAUAGCAUGAUGCUAAUUUUGUAUAUUAGGUCUCAUUCCACUGUUACAUGAGAAAUGAGAAUUAUUGGACCAGUCAGCAGACUGCAGUGUUAUGUAUGAGCCUCAGCACAAGUAGGACAGUACAGAGAGGUUAUUUUGGUACACUCCCAAACUUUAGAUGCUGAAAAUACUAAUAAUCACAUAUCAAACUGAACCGGACCAAACUGGUCUGGACUUGAUACACUCAUUAGAAACAGUCAGCCUGCGACUCUCUGACAACGCCAUCUGCGCUUUUGUUAUAACACGUCUAAAAACAACAAGAGUUCGGAGUUAUUCUCAAAGACUGACUCCAUAUUUACUUUGACAUGUUUGGUGCAGAUCAGCUGUUUUAAAGACAGUUUUGGUUAAAGGCGUAUUCAGCGUCAUUACAAACGCUCAUCUCGACUUGUAAUGGCGUUUCCCAUCAUUCAUAGAGAGCAGGUUUGAGCUCCAGUGUUUGGUCGAGUUCGUGUUGGCAGUCAGUCUAACUAUCAGAGAACCGUGGGAGGAGAAGGUGAGCUGAUUGAAUCCAGCUCAGGUUGACCCCGGUCUGUUCUCCCGUCUUUGUGCUGCAGCUGCUGUUGCUGUGGGGGGUUUUGUCUUUCCAGCCAAGAUGCAAUUUAGCGGCCCUGGGCCAGCGCCGGGGCCUCCGUCUCUUAAUAACUGCCACUGUUAUGAAGUGUUGACAACUAAUAUCAGGGGAUAAUUCAGCCGGCGAGCGCGGACCCCCCUCUGCUUUAUUAAGAACCUGCAUGCUUUCAAUUUCCUCCAGCGUGCAGCCGGAGUCCGUCUCUCUUUCUCCUCCUCCUCUCUCAGUUUUGACGUCUUCCUCCUCUGUGUUUUCACGCCGUUGUUUUCCGUUUGUCUCACUCCUUCUGUGUUUCCUCUCCUCAGCGUCGGGAGGAGCAGAGAGCGGCAGCAGCGGCGAGAAGAGUCCGACCAGCGGCUCGUCAGCGUCGUCUAAGCGGGCCCGUACGGCGUACACCAGCGCCCAGCUGGUGGAGCUGGAGAAGGAGUUCCACUUUAACCGGUACCUGUGUCGGCCUCGCCGCGUGGAGAUGGCCAACCUGCUCAACCUGUCAGAGCGCCAGAUCAAGAUCUGGUUCCAGAACCGACGCAUGAAGUACAAGAAGGACCAGAAGUCUAAGGGCCUGAGCUCCAGCUCUGGGGGGCCCUCACCGACGGGCUCCCCCCCCCUCACCAUGCAGUCCUCCGCCAGUUUCCUCAACUCCAUGCACCCCAUGGGAGGGGGAGGCGGGGGCGGAGGCUACGACGUCCCUUCACCGCCAUCCUUUGGCAAGCCGCACCAGGGCGUGUCUUACUCCAUGUCCACUGCCUACUCCAACGUCCCCAUGAAGGGCUGCCCCCCCCAGCAGAAGUACGGAGCCCCAGACCCGGACUAUGGCGACCCCCAUCCCCACCACGGCCUGGUGCAGGCUAACAGCGCCGGCUACGGGACUCCAACCAACAUGCAGGCCAGUCCGGUGUACGUGGGGGGCGGCAGCUAUGUGGAACAGAUGCCCGGCUCGGGGCCCUCCAUGUACGGGCUAAACCACCUGGGCCCCACGGCCCCCCACCACCAAACCAUGGACUACAACGGCGGGGGGCCCAUGUCGGCCGCAAACCAGCACCAUGUGGGCGGAGGGGGCCCUCAGGGUCCCUGUGACCCGCCCACACACCCGACGUACACCGAGCUGUCGGCGCACCACACUUCGACUCAGGGCAGAAUCCAGGAAGCACCCAAGCUCACUCACCUGUAG